GAGGAGCGUCAUGAUCAUAGGAGGUGACUUCAACACUUCCUGCACCACGGCCAAGCCGCAUGUGGGCACAGGCCUGCUGCCCCCGCCGCCCAAUUGGGCCCUGGAUCAGGAAGACUUCCAGGCACUACUGGUCGGUCUUGGUUUGUGUGCCAUCAAUACCUUUGCUGACUCUGGCUCCCCACAUACCUUUGCCUGGGGUUCCCAGCGCUCCCACAUUGACUUUCUUCUCAUCCGAUGUGAUAUGGCCGAUAGAUUCCCCCGCAUGGCCCGCCCACUGCAUGAGUAUCCGGUGGGGGCGUGGCGAGGCGGACCCAAACAUUACCCAGUCUUUGCACGCAUCCCUGUGCACUGGUGCCCAUGGCACCGCACAGGAACCCCGCAACGCACCUUGCAGAUCGAUAGACAUGCCAUUGCAGACGCAUUGGCAGGCCAAGCCGACGAGCGUGUCAGCUCCUUCCGACAGGAGCUGCAAUCAUGCCUCCCCCAGGUAAGUCAGGAACUUCAGAGUUUGCACGACGGUACUCUCCAGCAGUACGCUGCGCACAUGUGGGGACACCUCCGCCUCUUGCGGCGAUGGGCUCAGAGGCAACACCUGCUGACGGAGGCAGAGCAGGCAAUCAGUUCCGGCCAAUCUCGUCUCUUCUAUCAGCUCAUAGACAAACUAGCACCGAAGGGACGCUUUCGGAAGUUCCAGAUGAACAAGGGAGGCCAAAUCCUUUCACCAACCGAGGAACUGGAAGUGAUGCGCACACAUUUCCUUCAGGUCUUUAACCAUGGCAACUCUGCCCAGUCCUUGGCUCUCCCCAGUAGUCCGGAUGCUGAACCGCCCACGUUGUGUGUUGAGACGCCAGAGGUCCAGCAUUUCUUGGAUAAACUACCGGCCAGGAAGGCCGGCGCCCCAGGCACGGUACCCGGGGCGGCCUGGCGCUUAUGCUCGGACAUGAUCUCUCCACACCUCACCCGGAUCUUGAACAGUCGAUGGAGUGAGACUCCCCUCACACCGCCCGAACCCUGGACAUCCGCCACAUUGGCUCUUCUACUUAAGCCCAAUAAACCCGGCUCCUCACCCAAAGACUUCAGGCCCGUAGGGUUGCUGGACGCACUGGGCAAAGCCACGAUAGCGAUGAUUAUGUCCAAGGUCAGGUUCGACUUAGAAACCUACAUCCGGAGCAGUCCCCAAUUUGCUUACAUCGGCGGGCGAUCCACUCAAGAUGCACUUAAACGAGUAUUCGCACAUAACUCUGCGGUUCGGGAACAGCGCACCCCCAGCACUAGGGAUCCUCACCUGAAACGCCUUGGGGUGAAGCCUCCCCCCCUGCAAGGGGGGCUGCAGGUGUGCUUAGAUCUCUCAUCUGCAUUUGAUAUGGUGCCUCGCCACCUGGUGGCCGAGGCACUGCACGAUGCAGGCAUUUCGGGUGCGCCUGCCGAGCUUCUCAUGUCUUGGCUAUCGCAGUGCAAGUAUGAUCUUUACAUAGAUCAGCUGCAUACUGACAUCCCCACAACCAGGGGCGUCAAGCAAGGCUGUCCUGCCAGUCCCCUACUGUUCGCCUGCUUUAUGACUCUCGUCACUAAACGUAUUGCGAGUCGCCUCUCUGACGCCUGGGUAUCUCGCUGCCUUACCCUUUACGCGGAUGACUUCCACUUAGGGGACCUUUUCCAGGGCUACGCGGGGCUGGAGCAGUUAUGUGCUAGUAUCGGGUUCAUCAUGUCCACACUUCGAGCACAUGGUAUGAGUGUCCACGCCACCAAGGCGCAGGCCAUCCUUACCAUGGACGGUGCACAGAGGGGUACAGCACUACAGAAGUUGACUAAACAGACAGCCGAGGGCCGCCUACUUCGCAUACAUGUUAAAACGGGGGAAGAAUACCUACCACUUGUUAAACAGGCUGACUACUUAGGCGCAGUGACCACAUAUGCAUCCUCAGCUGCCGCCACUCUCCGCAAACGCAUGCAACAGGCCAAAGCCACGCACGCUCGCCUUAGAGGGGUCCUUCACGCAUAUCGCACACUGACGCUGCAUCAUAGACUUCGUCUUUGGAGAGCCACAGUCUGGCCUAGUUUGGCGUACGGUUUGGAAACUUGUGGUUUGACGGAGGAACAUCAUUGCACGUUACAGACCCUACUUAUGAAGCAUUUGCGGGGUAUUGCUCGAUGUCCAGCCCAUCUGACACAUGAAUCCGACGUUCAUUUGGCAGAACGUCUCCAGGUACAACUCCCAAGGGCUGCGCUUCGCCGCACCUUUGAGGCUUCUUUCGGCAGACAGGAACCUGAUGAUGUACAUGUCAUGCCCUUCGAACACCCGUGGAAUCGUUUUCUAGCUGCAAGCCUUGCGGAACCCACAGCAACCGAUGGAGAUGCCGGCCCUGCCCCCGGGUCCAUCCAUGCUCCGCCACCAUCGUCCCCAGUGGAUCCCAAUCAGGUGGAAGCUGAUCGACCGGAUGCGCAGGCCCCUAUGCCGGAGCCUGAGGCAACCUCUGCGUCACACAUUACAGAAGGGGCGUCUGCCUCUGUGGAGGAUGCAUCGACCCCUGCCGCACCUGAUGUCUCACCUCCACCCGAUUUAGGUCGACCGGUGGCGGAUGACUCGAGGGGGCCAAGUAUGAUCUGCGAGGCUCCAGCGGCAGUGCCAUGCGUGCCCGACCAUGCCGGCACUAUCCCGUCUGAAUGUUCUCUUCUGGUGCAGGUCCGGAGUGUCCUCCAACAGGAUGGGGUCUCGGCCCUUCUACGUCACCCGCUGCAAGCCCAACUCAAAAGUCACUGUGGCUUGUGCGGUCAAUGGAUGGCCUCCCCUACGGCACUUCGCAAUCAUUAUCGCAGCAUCCACUCUACCAUGUUUCAAAGUGCGGCGGCUCAAGCUGAACGCCUCAUGCCACGCGCCACGGAGGAUGUCCUGUCUCAGCUACAGGAGUCCUUCGGAGCGGUGAUCGGGAAGAGGGGAGCACAAGCACCAGCUCAAUCGUCCACGGACGGCCGUGUGAACAAGGUGGGCAGAGGGAUGUUUCCGCUGGGUGGCAGGGGCAAAGGCUUCCAAGGUCGCGGUCGACCGCCACAGAACAGACCCAGGGGACCUUGGCAGGGUGGCUUCGAGGACCAAGACCAGGACCAGGACGGAGAGCUCCUGCAGAUGGUUGCGAGAGCGGUGAUCAUGCAAGGCGACUCGAUCAAUGUGCUUCGUCGAGCGACGGGGUGGGUCUUCUGGGUCCGCUCAGGCGACCAUUCGAUCCUGCCGAUGCUGGCGGAGUUGGCCACCAAGUGGCACCAUGCGGCCCAAGCGGAGACCAUCUCUCCGACCCGGGUCUCCCUUCGAGUGGCCUUGUUCUGGGGAAUCAUUGCACACCUCAAGGACAAGCAUGCACAGAUGAACCAGGAGAACAAGGCCUACGCCCUCAAAAGUGGAUGGAUGUCGGAGGCGGGAUGCUGGAACUAUCAACGCUGGAACCCCACGCAUCAAUCCCUGGAGAUCGAUCCGGAGAGACAGGCGCUUACGCAGACCCAGGCUCAGGAAUCGCUGGAGACGCUGCUCCAGCUGAUCAACGGCGAUACGAUCACUCGCUUCACGGCCAGGAGGGAGCUACAUGCCGACAUGCAGGGCACAGUGGCUUUCCAGGCGGAUGUGAGACUGCGAGCCAAGGGAUCCGAAGAGCUGUACCAGCAGUUGGAACGCCUCCGAGGGCUAGCAUUGUUCCAGAUCAUCGGCACCUCCUUUCGGCAGGAGGGGUACGGCCGCCCACCCUUGAUCAGGGCGAUUCAGAAACUCCUUCGCUGA